UGUCCACCCCCUUAAUUCUGCUCACAGCUUACAAUCAACCUCCUCGAAAGUCACUUCACGUGGCAACAGCUCAUGCGCUCUCCACAGCUCAAAUAGGACAAAGAACUCGAUUGACGUAAAGAAGCUAUCUCGUAUAGACAACAUCGUAAUUGUCUUGGUACCCCACUAGCAUCACGCCCUCGUUCUCGCUUAGCCGCUGCGCCAUCAUCAGCGCCCAGGCCAACAGCUAUCGUGUGUGCCUGUGUGCUACCUACCCUGCCUUCACCUCGUUUUACGGCAAACUUCCUCAAGCCCACCUCAAAGAAUCGGUUCCUACGUCAAAAGACUCUUAUUUCGCGUAAUACAAACCCAACGACGAUGUUUCCCUAGGCGAACGAGACAUGUCCAGCCAAGCCAAGAAUAAACAUUGAGCGAGGUGUCGCCCGGAGGCGCAAACUCACGCAAAACACCAUGCGAUGGAGUCCAGGCAGUCGCAGAGCACAGCUCACAUAUGUCCUUCUAGCUGUUGUCGGGGCGCUAUACUAUCUGACCCUCACGAUACUGGCCUCAGGACCCGUCAAAUUCGACCCAUCCUAUGGCCGUCUCAGACAAACAACCAGCUCAUCUAAAGUGGCUAUUGCGACGUUUCUGUGUGAAAAUUACGUGGGGGAUGAGAAUGCCGUGGAUAACUACUUCAUUGGUGCGAGGACACUGCAUUAUCAGCUGAAGAUUGCGACUCAAACGAAGAUGUUGAGGAAAGACAUCCCGUUUCUGGUUGUUGUCACGAGGGCCGUUACUCAAGAGAAAAGAGACAGGCUGGAGCGGGACGGGGCGACUGUAGUGGUUGUUGACGAUGUUAAAUUGCCUUGGUGGGUUGAGACGGGCGUGAAGAAGUGGAAAGACCAGUUCACGAAACUUCGCAUCUUCGAAAUGGUGGAAUAUGAACGCAUCCUCUUCAUAGAUUCAGACACUCUUAUCACGCGUUCAAUCGACAGAAUCUUCUCCUCACCCUUGGUCCAAGACCCAUCACCCACGCUCUCCAACCUAACCCAUCAAAUCAAAAACGACGAAGCCCUCCUCCCAGCGCACUAUCUCUUCGCAGCACUCCCCGACAACGCCUUUGCCGGUGAGCGUGACCACACUUACCCACCAAACUCCACCAGCACCGACUUAUCCGCGGGGUUCUGGCUCGCCGCUCCAUCCAACGAGAUGUUCACUUACCUGAUGUCAGUCAUGCAGCACUGGAAACGCUUCGAUCCGUUCACUAUGGAGCAGAGUCUGCUGAAUUAUGCGUUUAGGAGGGAAGGGCCGAUGCCUUGGGGAGAGUUGGAUCCGAGUUGGAUCCGGUUUGGAGUGCGACGUGGCCGAAUCAGGCGGAUUGGGAGGCGGCAGUGGUGAGUCUGCAUGAGAAGUGGUGGGUUGUUGGUCCAGAGGAUUUGAGGAAAAAGUGGGAGGCUGCUAAGGAGGAAAUGGAGGGGUACUUUGAGGGGCGAGAUUGAGGUUUGUGUUUUGAUACCCUAGACUUUGACGGUUCACAUAGAAUGCUUGAGAGUUUGCUGUUUGUGAGACAUCCAUGUCACCAAUUGUCAUUCAUUACAUUUGGAAGUGGUUUGAGAUACAAAUUCUUAUUGUCUUUGCAUAUUUGUCUCAUCCUUACGCGGCCAUGAUUAUCCUCAGAACAAAGGUAAAUUCUAGGUUUCAUGUUGUCCCAAGGAAAGAAAGAUCUUAGCUGUAUCUAUGCCCACAGAAAUAAUGCUUCAGGC